CCUAUAUUCAGAAAGGAAGACUAAGGUAUUGAUAACGCGAAACAAAGAAUACUUACCUCACCUAACCUAUACCUAAAGUUGUAAUGUUUACCUACCUAGGUAGCGGUACCUAAGGUAUCAUGCUGAUAGAUCCGGUUAACGACUAAAGAAUUUGUUAGCGGCAAUUUUAUACUUAAGCCUCUCGUCUCGCGCUUCGUCAUUUAUUCCCUCCUCUUUUGCUAUCAGACAUAUAAUACUUCUCCCGCCCACGUUACGUCGUAAUAUCUUCCAUUCGACGAUCAAAAACCAAAUUCAAUCAUAUAUAAUAAAGAUAAAUUCGCAUAUAACGAUUCAAGAUGGCAUCAAACCCCCCCGGAGAGUGCUGCUAUAAGGGCGUCAAGCACGAGGGCACGCCUACAGGUGCAGAUAUCAAGGUGGGCGAACACCAAGCUUACUUGGCUACUCCUGAGCCCUCUGCCGCCAAAGAUGCUGCAAUCCUAUUUAUCCCCGACGUCAUCGGCAUCUGGCAGAACAGCAAGCUCCUUGCUGACCAAUUCGCCGCUAACGGCUAUCUGACGCUCAUCAUUGAUCCUUUUAAAGGCGACGCCAUACCCUUAAAUCGUCCCGAAGGCUUCGAUUUUACAUCUUGGCUGGCCAAGGGUUCUACCGGUGACAACCCGCACACUACGGAGGCUGUAGACCCUAUUAUUGAAACUGCCAUUAAGUAUCUCAAGGAAGAGAAGGGCGUCAAGAGGCUGGGCGCAGCCGGCUACUGCUUCGGAGCAAAGUACGUCGCCCGUCACCAUAAGAAUGGUAUCCAAGCUGGCUUUAUUGCGCACCCGUCCUUUGUCGACGAGGAUGAGCUUGCAGGAUUCAAGGCACCGCUAUCCAUCGCGGCGGCUGAGACGGAUCAGAUCUUCCCGGCCGAGAAGCGCCACAAGUCGGAAGUGAUUCUAGCUGAAGGCGGAUUCCCUUACCAGAUCAACUUGUACUCUCAGGUAGUCCACGGAUUUUCUGUCCGUUGCGAUCCCAGUAAGAAGCAUGAGCGCUUUGCUAAAGAGCAAGCCUUCCUGCAGGCCGUCACCUGGUUCGACAACUGGCUGUUCUGAGCGGAUGGCGAGAAGAUACCGACAAAAGAAAGGCUGUGAAGGAAUUUUGGGAAUAUUAGUGACUACAACGUAGUCGUACCUAAUGUUCGUUAAGAGGUAGUCCAUAGCCUAACUCGUGUAAAUAUUCAAUUAAAAUAAUACCGCAGAAC